AUGAACGACGAUCUAUACAACCGUGCGCAGAAGGAGAACGAGGUGAUGGCCAUCAUUGACUAUGAGUUUCAAGACCGUGACCGCUUGUGGGAGGCUCUCCAAGGGAAAGGGUCCCUCGUGACUCAUAUUGGAGGCCGCCCAGUACCUGAGAACAACAAAAUGUUGGCUUUGCUCGGUGAUAAAAUGAUCGGCUUUAUCAUCAUCCGCGACGAACGCCGCAACGGACGUACUAUAGGACAAGCGACAAGGCGCGUCGCUGAGCUCGCCAGCGAUCGCCGACUCGAAGCUCUUUGCGACAACAUUGGUCUAACGCAAUGGAUCAAUGUCAGUCCUUUCCAUGGCGGACUUGUCUCCAGAGACAAUAAAUCCGCAACCAUUGAAGCCAUUGUUGGGGCUGUGUUCGAGGACGCGGGCGAAGCUGUCGCAAAAAGGGUGAUGGAAAACAUGGGCAUCAUCGAGCCUACCGCCUCUGAGCCUGUCUGA